CAAUAGGAAAAACGUUAGUAUAUUUAGUUUUUACAUGAGGAGAUUCUAGAGUGUCCUCCAAGUAUCGACUAGCGCUGAUUAGAUAAGAAUUAGCCAUCAGUGUUUGUCCUAUCCACUUCCAGCAUCUUUUCUUAAUUUACUCUUCAUGUGGAAGCUGAUUUGUUCUGUCAUAGUAGGUAGUUGCUGUUGGUAUCCAACCAAUGGAUGUUAAGUAUCCUGAGUAAACAACUGUUUAUAAAUAUCUGCUCAGUUUCGUUGAUGGUUAUAGUAGUUUCCCAAGUUUUAGUCCCGUACAAUAAAACUAUCUCGACCUUUGUAUUGAAGUUUCUGACUUUGUUGUUGGUUGGUACUUGUUUGAAAUUCCAGAUACUCUCCAAUUGCACUUCCUACGAUAUUGAAGUCACUGCUUUUCUAAUUUCUUUCCAGUCGUUCCUCAUGGUGGUUUCUUCUAAUAAAUCUUUUAAGUCUUGUAACUUGUUAGGAUCUGGAAGAGAGGCUGUAUUAAACUUCCGUAAUUCUGUCUAAUUGCGCAAUGCUUCUUUAGUUUGGUCACCACUAGAUGAUGUUCUGAAGCUAUAUCAGCUCCUUUCUUUGUUCGUACGUCUUUCGUAAACUUUUGGAAUUUUUACUUGGUCAACCUAGAUUUCUGUAUUGCGGUCUAGCGAAACGUAUGUAGGUUUUUGUAUAUGUUUGUAUGAAGAAAUCUUACCACCUAUAACUGUGUUAUUGAAACCACAUAGACCUACUAUUCUCUCUGCUUUCUCCCUGUCCAUGUCUCCCCAUGACGCGUCUUUACAAAUUGUUUUUUUUUCUGGAUUUAGGGCUUAGGUUCUCCAUCAGAAGCGUCAGAUCGCUUCCUUAGUAUUUUUCCAGGAUGGACUGCAACCUUCAGUAGAAAUGGUAUUUAUCAUCACUUCUGCCAUUGGUGGAGAUGGGUAGGACUAGGUGAUGUUCUUUAUAAUCCAUUUCUUUGUCUCGAAAAAUGCUUUGGUAACCUCGGAGCCGUAGGUUUUUCAUCUUAUGGGCACUUGCUGUGCCUCUUUCGAGAGCAUCAAUGCUUCAGGCGAAGUUGUCAAAUAUUCAAAAUGGAACUCAGUGGUCUUUAUCUCCCCCAAAAUUAUCCUGCUAUCAAUGGUGAAUGUAUCAACAUAUACAUGGAGUUAGAGUAAUGUCUAUAUUCUCUAUGUUAUGCUCACCAUCCGUAUGUAUUUUUAUGAAAGUGUCUUUGUGAUUUCUUUGUGUACAGGAAGGUAAACAUAACGAAGGACGAUCUUCAUAUGGGCAUAGUUUAGUUGUGGAUCCUUGGGGUCAAAUUAUCGCUGAACAGCUGGAUCCUGGUCCUGGUUUAUUAACAUGUGAAAUAGGUCCAUUUACGAUGAUUAAUUCAACAACAUCUAUUAUUCCUAAAAUUUAUCAUGUAAGGAGAUCAAUGCCUGUGGAAUAUCAUAGACGAUUCGAUUUAUUUCCAAUGUCUGACAGUGGGUUUCCUCGUUCUAUACAGUCUGUGGAUUUUAAAUUUGGUCCUCAUAUAAUCAAAUCGGAUUGUGUCUUUUAUCAAUCGAAGUUAAGCUUUGCGUUCGUAAAUAUUAGUCCAUUGGUACCAGGACAUAUACUUGUUUGUCCGAUUGCUAAUGUGAAAAGAUUUUGUCAGCUGAAUCUGGCACAAGUUGCUGAUCUUUAUAUGACUGUCAGACAGAUUGCUGAACGACUAGCUGGAUAUUUUUCAGCUACAAGCCUAACCGUAUCUAUGCAAGAUGGGGAAGAUGCUGGUCAAAGUGUGUCACAUGUUCACGUUCAUGUAUUGCCAAGAAAACCAAAUGAUUUCCCAGAGAACGAUGAUAUUUAUAAAGCAUUACAAAGUCAUGAUAAAGUGAAAAAUCGCGUCUAUCGAUCACACGAUGUAAUGAGUCAAGAAGCCAAACAACUUCGGCAGUUAUACUACCAAAGUACUUCAUAACGUUCAUCAAACCGCUAAUAUUUUUUUCCUUCUAUCCCACUAUGUACCUCGUUCAAUCCUUUUUUCUGUUUUAGUUUUCACUUGCAUGUUAAUUAUGCAUUGGUUGUUUGCUAUUGCUGCUAUGUGCUGUUUGUUGUCUAUAUUACCUUUCCAACUACCCUUUCGUAUUUACUAUUUUCGAUGCUGAAUAAUAAGAUGCGGUAACACAAAAGCGUAAUUUGUUUGGAAGAAAGAUUGUUAUUGUAGUUGUAGUUGUUUCCCUUUUUUACGGACAUAAAAAUAUGUUUAUUUGUUGCUGUUUUUUUAUUUAGGAUUCGAUUUCUUUCAGACCGAGAUAAUAAUUUAUAUUAUUUUAAGAAAAUGUAUUUGUUUUAUUAUAAAUACAAACCUUUCUGUCUCAAUUUCUUUAAAAGUGCUUUAAAUUGAUUUUUCGGGUAUCCUAUCUUUAUCUCACUCUACUUUUACUUUUUUAGUUAAACGUCGACAGGCAUCUUCAAUUUGUAUUUAAAUUUAACGUGAACAUGUUAUAUUUAGUCUUAUUGUUUGAACUGCGGCGCUAUUCACAUGGCGUCGGUAUGCUACUUAAUUUCGUACAAAUAUAUAAGCAAGUUUAUGAAUAAACACGUAAAAUAAAAAUAAAAGUAACAUAACAAGAGUGCAA